AUGAACGCCCCAGAAAGAUCAUCGGCAUUUCUUCUCGAUGAAGAUUCGGGAGAACAAAAGUGUGUGUACACUGCAGACACCAAGGUAACCAACGCUGGUACCUUUCGUCUCAACAAGGAAGAUCACACCGUCGGAAACCUGUUUCGCAUGCAACUCUUGCGUGAUCCCAACGUCCGCUUUGCUGGAUACUACUGUCCACAUCCUUUGGUCCACUUCAUUAAUUUAAAGAUUCAAACCAAUAACUCCACCGUGGCACCAGUUGAAGUAUUGGGUUCGGCCAUCGAAGAUUUGGCAAACGAGACGGAUCAUUUGAUUACCCAAUUCCAAGAAUCGAUCGAAACCUGGAAAAGAGAGAACGAUACCGAAAUGACAUCGCAAUUUUAA